AUGGAUUCGGACAAUGAACCAGCCGAAGAAAGUAUUUCUUCAAUAAAUUUGCUUCAAUUAAACAAUACUGAAGAAUUCCCUGCACUUUCAUCCAACCCAAAACUUUCCACACAAAAACCCAUCGCCACCCCACCCAAUUGGGGAUCAUUAUUUGCUUUGAAAGUAUCAAAAACAUCUCAACGAAUAAAUCAUUCUACACUUCCGCCUCUUCCUGUUACGCCCACCAAAGAGAUGAGAUCCCCCAAAGGUGAUUCCGUCGGCGAAAAAGAAACCCUACUUUUAUCGCCCAGCACAGCAGAAUGUAUGAGUAUUCUAUCUACCGAGACUGGUGAAACGGCUGUUGAGGGAGAAGAUGCCAAUACUCCUUGGGAUUCACCGACUCAAAAUGGAGAAGACGAUACUACUAUGUUGAAAGACGGAGAAUUUGACAAUGAAUCCACCGUGCUUUUCCCGAAUUUCAUCGCAACAGAAACAUCAAGCCCUUCGCAAAAAGAAGUUCUUCCUCCAUUUCAAUUUCCAGCUGUGGCGGCAGGGUCAGAAAGUGAUAUUUACAGCGCUUCACCAGAACCCAUGAAAGCCAAAAAUAUUGAGGUUGAAGAACUAUGCGAGGCAGAACGCCAUGAUACUCCUUCUUACAUUAGAGGAGGUUUGCCUUUAUGGGACGUUGUUGUAAAUGAUUCACAUAGAGUUAUUCACGCCAUCAAGCACAUGAUGCAUGGCAUUGUUGUCAUGAGCAAAGCAAAGGGUGCACCACCCCAAGAAAUCAAAGAAAUUGUGGAUAGUCAUCUAAGCACUUUGAGGCAGAUUGAGAUUCUAACAGAGAAGGAAAGGGUUGCCAGAUUAGCGUGUGAAAUGAGGCAAACAGCAGACAGAGGGGCAAAAUUGGCUCCUGAAAAGAAAUGUUCUGUCACUGCCAAAGAGAUGGAACCUUUGAAGUCGGCUACCAAGUUCAAUCCUGACGCGAAACCUUUUGCUCCUUCAAAAUCUGUGGCUCCAGAUCUUAGGUCUCCCGUACCUCCAUUUACAUUAGCACCUGCUUCACAAAACCCACCUCGAUUGAAGUAUUCAGUUAUUCAACAACCAGGUUUUAUGGUAGAACAAAGCCGUGCCCCACCUACACAGGUCAAAUUUUACCCAAUGCUCAACAGAUCGAGAACUUGGUCUACACAUCGCCCUGCGAAUAAUUCGAUUGGUCCUUACAGUCAUUUUGACGCAUACAACCAGAAGCCGCCGACGCCAAUAUUCCUUCAGCACGCACCGUCGCCCUACUUCAUGGCUUCACCUCAACUUUCAUCGAAUUCUCUAAUUUAUUCAGAUAUUCAACAGGAAGAUAUCAUUCAGGAUCCUCCCCAUUCGCCAACUCCAGCGAAAGAUCAAGAUGAAACUGGUGAAAAUGAUGAUGUUUUGUUGGCAGAUAGACCGCUCUUGCGAAUACCUGUUCCAGGAAAGAAAGAUCAUAAGUCUACUCCUACCUCACCGACUGAACAAUUAUCUGCAAACACUACACUCAAAGCUACAAGCACAAACACCAGUCCUCGGAGAAGGGUCUUCAAUGUUCAUGCAAGCUGUCAACAACAACAGCCCUACUCACAGAAGCUAUCGUUGAAGAACUUCAUCCCUGCAACAGCCACCGCAGACGACAUUAAGAGAGUUGGAUUGCUCCUUCCGCGAACACACCGCCAUAUAUGUCCUUCUUCUUUGACUUCUCCCGACUUUCAGUGCCCAAUGCCAAAUUGUAUGCUCCAGCGAAUCUGCCCAGAUUUCACAAGUGAGAAUGGCUGCUCAUUUCGACCACCUCCUCUCAGCGACUGGCCCUGGAACUACCCGCCCAGAGAACCCCCGAUCAAUCAAUCCCAACAAUGUCCAUACGUACAUAUUCAAGGUACCUGUCUCCAUUCCCUCUCUUUUUUCCGUAUCCAAUCGGAAUCCGAGCCUGCACCCUACCCUGCAGUAUCAAACCACUAUUGUCCCGUCCCCAAGUGCACCACAACCCGCUUUCACUCUUGGGGAUGCGCCAAAGAUUGGAGAACAGGAUUUGCAGUUAAUGGCAUCACACCUUGUGCUCCAAUCCAGAAUCAAUUUUCCCUUGCAGAAAUCAACACGGAAUGGCGAUGGAGAGUUUUGAUGGAAGGUCUACGAUUCGCGCACGAGAGAGGAGAAUAUGGAUGUCAGGGUGAAUCUAUACCGCUCAAUGCGUCGUUUCCCGAUGGCCAUAAAGGUGCAGAUUUGAGUAAUUGGGCGCCGGAUAUUCCUACUGAGAAGCCCAAGAUGGACUAUAAGAAUACGCAUAUGAGAGAGAAGGAGAGAGGACGCUUGAGAGGUAGUGGUAGAAUGGGGGGAAGUAGAGGACGUGGCGACAGAGGUGGUUCUUCCGAUACGAGACGAGAGUUUGCGAGGGAGAAAUCGACGAGAUCGGCUUGA